GCACUGCGGAGCACCUGUGAGUUUGCGGAAGUGCUGCCGUACUGUCGCCCCGCCAAGCUCCGCAGGACCCGACCCCUGCUCGGCCCGCCAUGGGCUCUCGGUACCCUAGCGUCUCCGCGCUCCUGCUGCUGCUACAGGUUUCAUCGUGGCUCUGCCAGGAGCCCGAGCCCUGCCGUCCUGGCUUUGGCGCUGACAGCUACACGUUCACAGUGCCCCGGCGACAUUUGGAGAGAGGCCGAGUCCUGGGCAGAGUGAAUUUUGAAGGAUGUACCGGUCAACCAAGGACAGCCUAUAUUGCUGAUGACACACGAUUCAAAGUGAGCACAGAUGGUGUGGUUGCAGUCAAGCGGCCUCUCCACCUUCAUAAACCGGAGAUGAAUUUUCUAGUCCAUGCCUGGGACUCCAGCCGCAGGAAGCUCUCCACCAGAGUUAUACUGAAGGCAGCCGAGCACCACCACCACCGCCGCCGUCAUGACGCUCUCUCUGAAGCCCAGACAGAAGUGCUCAUGUUUCCCAACUCCCAGCAUGGUCUUAGAAGACAGAAGAGAGACUGGGUUAUCCCUCCUAUCAGCUGCCCUGAAAAUGAGAAAGGCCCAUUUCCUAAAAAUCUGGUUCAGAUCAAAUCUAACAGGGACAAAGAAAUCAAGGUUUUCUACAGCAUCACUGGCCAAGGAGCUGACACACCUCCUGUUGGUGUGUUUGUUAUUGAAAGAGAAACAGGAUGGCUGAAGGUGACAGAGCCUCUGGAUAGAGAACAAAUUGCCAAGUACAUUCUCUACUCUCACGCCGUGUCUUCUAAUGGGAAUGCAGUGGAAGACCCAAUGGAGAUCGUGAUCACGGUGACAGAUCAGAAUGACAACAAGCCCGAGUUCACCCAGCAGGUCUUUGAAGGAUCUGUCAUGGAAGGUGCUCUUCCAGGCACCUCCGUGAUGCAGGUCACAGCCACAGAUGCGGAUGACGAUGAGAACACCUACAACGCCGCCAUUGCUUACCGCAUCGUCACCCAAGAGCCCCUCCUGCCUAACGGCAUGAUGUUCACUAUCAACAAGGACAAAGGAGUUAUCAGCGUGCUCACCACCGGGCUGGACCGGGAGAGUAUUCCCACAUACAGCCUGGUGGUUGAGGCUGCUGACCUGCAAGGUGAAGGCUUAAGUACCACCGCAACAGCUGUGAUCACAGUCACUGACAUCAACGAUAACCCCCCCGUCUUCAAACCCACCACGUACCAGGGGCAGGUGCCUGAGAACAAGGCUAACGUUGAAAUCACCGUACUCAAAGUGACUGAUGACGAUGUCCCCAAUACCCCAGCAUGGCAGGCUGUGUACACCAUAUUGAACAAUAACAAUGAGCAAUUUGUUGUCACCACAGACCCAGUAACCAACGACGGCAUUUUGAAAACAGCUAAGGGCUUGGAUUUCGAGGCCAAGCAGCAGUAUAUUCUGUACGUGACCGUGGUGAAUGUAGCCCCAUUUGAGGUCAUUCUCUCCACCUCCACAGCCACCGUCACUGUGGACGUGGAGGAUGUGAAUGAAGCCCCCGUCUUUGUGCCUUGUCCAAAGACAGUGGAAAUACCUGAAGACUUUGGUGUGGGCCUGGAAAUCACAUCCUACACUGCCACGGAUCCAGAUAGUUUUAUGGGACAGAGGAUAAUGUAUCGGAUUUGGAGGGAUGCUGCCAAUUGGCUGGAGAUUAAUCCAGAAUCUGGUGCCAUUUUCACUCGGGCUGAGCUGGACAGAGAGGACACGGAGCAUGUGAAGAACAGCACGUACGAGGCCCUCAUUAUAGCCAUUGAUACGGGUUCUCCAGUUGCUACUGGAACGGGAACCCUUCUCCUCAUCCUCUCUGAUGUGAAUGACAAUGGCCCCAUACCAGAACCUCGAAAUAUGGACUUCUGUCAGAAGAAUCCACAGCCUCGUGUCAUCAACAUCAUUGAUCCAGAUCUCCCCCCCAACACAUCUCCCUUCACAGCAGAACUAACACACGGGGCAAGUGUCAACUGGACCAUUGAGUACAAUGACCAAGCCCAUGAAUCUCUAAUUUUGAAGCCGAAGAAAACCUUAGAGUUGGGUGACUACAAAAUAAAUCUUAAGCUCACAGAUAACCAGAACAAGGACCAGGUGACCACCCUAGAUGUGUUCAUGUGUGACUGCGAAGGGGUCGUCAACAGCUGCAAGAGGACGGCGGCCUACGCCGAAGCAGGCUUGCAGGUUCCCGCCAUUCUGGGCAUUCUUGGAGGAAUCCUCGCUUUACUAAUCCUGAUUCUGCUGCUUCUGCUGUUUGUUCGGAGGAGAGGGGUGGUCAAAGAGCCCUUGCUACCCCCAGAAGAUGACACCCGGGACAACGUUUACUAUUAUGAUGAAGAAGGAGGUGGAGAAGAGGAUCAGGACUUUGACUUGAGCCAGUUGCACAGGGGCCUGGAUGCUCGGCCCGAAGUGACUCGCAAUGAUGUGGCGCCAACCCUCCUGAGUGUGCCCCAGUACCGGCCCCGCCCUGCCAAUCCUGAUGAAAUUGGAAAUUUUAUUGAUGAAAACCUGAAGGCAGCGGACACUGACCCCACCGCUCCUCCUUACGACUCUCUGCUCGUGUUUGACUAUGAAGGAAGCGGUUCUGAAGCUGCUAGUCUGAGCUCCUUGAACUCCUCAGAGUCAGACCAAGACCAGGACUAUGACUACCUGAACGAAUGGGGCAGUCGCUUCAAGAAGCUGGCGGACAUGUACGGGGGUGGGGAGGACGACUAGGGGUCUUGAGACAAAUGAGGAAGGAGAUGGGUCCUUACGCCAUGUGGGGGAGAGUGCAGGGGUCAUGGUUUUCCAGCUCCCUUCACUUGAGAUGAGUUUCUGGGGAAGAGAGACUGCUCAGUGAUGCAGUUAGGAUAGUUAGUAUUACCACUUGAUAGAUCUAAUCUGUGUUUUGACCUGUUCUUUGAAGCUUUUUUUCUUUCAUCAUUCUUUAAAUGGUGAUGCUGUCCAAAAGCCACCCACACGUUUAAUAUUUCAAAAGAAUAGCUUCAGCCUCCAGAAGGUUCUGCUAGCAACUUGGAGGUUAGGUUCUGCUAGCAAUUUACAGAUUUCCUUACACGCUUUUGUCUCAUUUUUUUUAAAGAAAGGGGGGGACUCAACUACCCUAUUGUGUGUGUGUCUGUGUAAUUAUUUUUAAUUUGUGUUCUUUUUUUCUCCUAUCACUGCUCUGGUGUCCCCUGUUCUAAUACCCACUCUUACUCCUUUUGAACUUCUAUUGCCCCAGACAGGAGUUCUCUGAUGGAGAAAUUGUUGGGCCAUUUCAGGAUAGGAGACUUGGUCUUAGCCUGGCCAGAGUGUGACUGGGUAUUGUGGACUCGUAAGACCUUUAAUGGUUCUCCUUUUUUAUUUCCUAAGUACAUAACUUGAAAUUGGUGUCCAUCCAUUUACUUGUUCUGCGUAAAUAUAUUUGUUAUGUGUAUGUCAUUAUUGAGGUACUUUGGUUCUAAAUGGGGAGCGCUGAGCAGAAAAGGUGGUGAGUUUUCAGGUGCCACUCAACUUCUAAUGUUCAUUUAUCACUCAAGAGUGAUCUCUUUCAACACUUAAUGAUGGUGCCUAAGUGCUGCAGCCAAAGACGGAAGGAGGUUUGUCACAGCUGAGGGCAACAUGAGAAAUGUGCUUGGAGGUGGCAGGAGAGAUGUGUCAUUGAGCCUGGCAGUUUAGCAAACUGAGGCUGAGGAUGAUUGAGGUGGCUCUUACCUCUAGUCCUGAAAAUUCUGAAGAGUGGAAGAAUCUCAACAUGUGUGUCCUAUCAGGAUCCUCAGACCAGAGUUUGUACCUGAAGCCCAGAAUCCCCAGGUGCCUGCUUUUGUUGAUGUCUACAGAAAAUGCUGGCUGAUCUGGACACAUUUACCCCAAAUUCCAAGAGUUCGUAGAAAACCGAGGAUAUUAGGAAAUCCAAUUUUUUCCCCUUAGGAGCAGGAAGAAAAUAUGGCACUAAAGGGUGCUAGCAAGGGGAGGGUGGAGAGAACUUUGAUUUGGAUCUUCUUUUAAUUGAAAUGCGAACUUCAAGAAACUUUUGACAACCACAGAAAAUAAUUUUAUCUAAAUUGCUUUACUGUCAGCUGUUUUUCAAAGGAAAAAAAAUCAUUCCUGCAAUCACUUCUUGGAAUUCUUUUGAUUUUUUAGCAAUUUAAACUCUAAUGUAGUCUUGUGUAGAGAAUGUUACUAUAAUUUUGAGUGUAUACAUGUGUGGGUGCGGAUAAUUUUGUAUUUUCUUUGGGGGUGGAAAAGGAAAACAAUUUAAGCUGAGAGAAUUCUUAAAUAUUCAUUUUUAUAAAUUUUAUUAAAGAAUUUUGUUAAACCAGUGUC